AUGGCGCUGGGCCUGCUGAUCGCCGUGCCGUUGCUGCUGCAGGCGGCGCCCCCCGGGGCGGCGCACUACGAGAUGAUGGGCACCUGCCGCAUGAUCUGCGACCCGUACAGCGCGGCACCCGGCGGGGCCCCCGCGGGCGCCAAGGCUGCACCGCCCGGACCCAGCACUACCGCCCUGGAAGCCAUGCAGGACCUGAGCGUCAACCCUCCGCCCCCUUUCAUCCAGGGACCCAAGGGCGACCCGGGGCGACCCGGCAAGCCGGGGCCGCGGGGACCCCCGGGAGAGCCGGGCCCACCUGGACCCAGGGGUCCCCCGGGGGAGAAGGGCGACUCGGGGCGGCCCGGGAUGCCUGGGCUGCAGCUGACGACGGGCGCGGCAGGCGGUGUCGGGGUGGCGGGUGGCGGAACCGGGGGCGGCGGCGACUCUGAGGGCGAAGUGACCGGCGCGCUGAACGCCGCCUUCAGCGGUCCCAAGAUCGCCUUCUAUGUGGGUCUGAAGAGCCCCCAUGAGGGCUACGAGGUGCUCAGAUUCGACGACGUGGUCACCAAUCUCGGCAAUCACUACGACCCCACUACUGGCAAGUUCAGCUGCCAGGUGCGGGGCAUCUACUUCUUCACCUACCACAUCCUCAUGCGCGGCGGCGACGGCACUAGCAUGUGGGCGGACCUCUGCAAGAACGGGCAGGUCCGGGCCAGCGCCAUCGCACAGGACGCCGACCAGAACUACGACUACGCCAGUAACAGCGUGGUGCUGCACCUUGAUUCAGGGGACGAGGUGUACGUGAAGCUGGACGGAGGGAAGGCUCAUGGAGGCAACAACAACAAGUACAGCACGUUCUCGGGCUUUCUUCUGUACCCGGAUUAGAGGCGCCCGGAGCGCGAGGUGGGGUGCCUUCCGGCCGCCCUACGCCAGUGGGAGCGCGAGGACCACUCUCGCUUCCUGACGCUUCCGGACAUCGCUGGAAAAGACACAUCCCUGCUGCCCUUCCUGCCCCGCUUCCGACCUCAGUGUGUCUGCGACUCGCCACGCUCUGGACUGUGUUCCUGGUCCCUGUCCCCAACCUAGGGCGGGAGAGGGGGACGCCAGAGUGGAGAAGCGAGCGUGAAUCUGAACCCCGGUGAGGCGGCGGCGCAGACUUUGCAAACCUGAUUGGACUGGACUGGCCCGGAGGGACGCCGGCCCUCCUCCAGUCCCCCUCCUCCUAGGAGCGCCCUGAGACUGAGGGCUCCCGGCCCGGGCCACCCGAGGGAGGCCACAGUGAGAACGAGCCCCCCGGGGAGUCCUUCUCUGUGACCUGAAAUACUUGUGCGAAUGUCCCUGUCUAUAAGCCAAAAUCCCACCCUCAGCAGAAUCCCAGCAAACGGAAACUCCAUCCUGCCUCCGACCCACCGCAACGCAUUAAAUGAUGUUUUUAGACUAUGGAUUCCAAUGUCUCUGUCAGCGUGGCGCCAGGACCAGGCCUCCAGAUGUUCCCCUUGACAUAAAGACCUAAACUAGGCCCUGAAUAGCUCCAUCUCUACCCUGGUUGCCAGCCACUGCCUUGUCCCUGCCACCUGGGAUGGGUGAAAAGAUGUGGGGAGAUGGGAGGGCAGCAUCUCACCCUUUGCGGGGGGUCUC